ACUCGUGAUCUGCACGACGGGGAAACUUGAGUUGGUGAGUUUUCUUUUAUGGAAACUCUGAAAUAUCAAUCUAAUUCUUCAAAAUUUGCCGUAAUGGAACAUUGAGGGGCCAAAGCACAGGUAGCUAGCGUUAGUGGAGUUAGCUUUUUUCCUGCAAAAAGAUAAAGAUAAAGGUAAUACUAUAAUGCUCUGAUCAGGAGUAACAGAGGAGAAAGAGGAAUGGAGAAUCUCGAGAGAGGAGGAAGAAGAUAAAACAUAAAAGGUGGAACACACGUGACGAAAGCUGUUGCGUUUCUUUAUAUUUUCUCUUUUCUAAUCUAGCCUGUUUUUGUCUCCUAAAGCAAUUAUUCAAAAACAUGAUAACCAGCAAACGUCGCCGUCUUCCUUUCUGUAUGGGUUGAUUUCAUGUGUUGAGUUCACCGUUAAGAUUCUUCAUUUAGCUGUUGCACUUUUCUGUAUGUAUUUAUAAGUUCUGGGUUUUGCACAAGCUUCUUUCUUUUUUGCUAUCUGGGCUCUCUGUAUUUCCAGAGAGCGAAUUCUAAAGCAAGAUGACUACGCUUAAAUCUCUGGUUAUAUUUCUUUUUCUUCUUUUUCUGGGUUUCUGCCACUUGUCCCUGGCGGCUCUGGAGAAUAGCAGAACCUUGAACCAGAACAAGAGAACAACUUACAUAGUACACAUGGCUAAAUUCCGGAUGCCGGCGACGUUUCAGCACCAUUCUCAUUGGUAUGACUCGUCACUCAAAUCGGUAUCGGGCUCAGCUGAAAUGCUCUACACUUACGACAAUGCAAUCCAUGGAUUCUCCACCCGCUUAACACCAGAAGAAGCUCGCUUACUCGAAAGCCAACCUGGGAUCCUUUCUGUCAUGCCAGAGUUAAAGUACGAGUUACAUACAACUCGUACUCCUCAGUUUCUCGGACUGUAUGGAAAUGCUGAUAUGUUCCCGGACUCAGCCUCAAAGAGUGAUGUCAUCAUCGGAGUUCUAGAUACCGGAGUUUGGCCAGAAAGCAAGAGUUUUGAUGACACCGGACUGGGUCCUGUACCGAGUAACUGGAAAGGCGCCUGUGAAGCUGGUACAAAUUUCAGCUCAUCUAUUUGUAACAGAAAAUUAAUUGGCGCAAGAUACUUCUCAAGAGGCUACGAGGCUACAUUAGGUCCGAUUGAUGAAAGCAAGGAGUCAAAAUCUCCCCGUGAUGAUGAUGGCCAUGGCACUCAUACAGCCAGCACUGCAGGAGGAUCCAUUGUUGAAGGUGCGAGCUUGUUUGGCUACGCUAAUGGAACUGCUCGUGGGAUGGCUCCUCGCGCCAGAGUUGCUGUGUAUAAGGUGUGUUGGAUUGGUGGCUGUUUUAGUUCUGAUAUUUUGGCAGCCAUAGAUAAAGCCAUUGAAGAUAAUGUCAAUGUUCUUUCAAUGUCUCUCGGUGGUAGCAUAUCUGAUUACUAUAGAGACAGUGUUGCAAUCGGCGCUUUUGCAGCAAUGGAGAAAGGGAUUUUAGUCUCUUGUUCAGCUGGAAAUGCCGGUCCAAGCUCCUUCAGUUUAUCAAACGUGGCUCCAUGGAUCACCACAGUUGGUGCAGGCACACUGGAUCGAGACUUUCCAGCUUUUGUUAGCCUUGGCAAUGGCCAAAACUACUCUGGCGUGUCACUUUUCAAAGGCAAUCCUUUACCAGGAAAAUUAUUGCCUUUUGUUUACGCUGGAAAUGCUAGUAAUGCAACAAAUGGGAAUUUGUGUAUGACGGGUACUUUAAUACCCGAGAAAGUUUCAGGAAAAAUUGUCUUGUGUGACAGAGGAAUGAGUGCUAGAGUUCUAAAAGGUGCUGUGGUUAAAGAAGCCGGUGGAUUGGGGAUGGUUUUGGCCAACACUCAAGCUAAUGGUGAAGAGUUAGUAGCUGAUGCCCAUUUAUUACCAGCCACUGCCGUGGGCCAAAAAUCCGGGGAUGCUAUUAAGAAAUACUUGCUUUCAGAUGCUAACCCAACUGUGACAAUUUUAUUUGAAGGAACCAAAGUGGGCAUAGAACCAUCCCCAGUGGUUGCAGCCUUCAGUUCAAGGGGACCCAACUCCAUCACGCCGGAGAUACUAAAGCCGGACAUGAUUGCGCCCGGCGUCAACAUCUUGGCCGGAUGGUCAGGUUCAGUCGGACCAACCGGGUUGGCAGUGGACACCCGGCGAGUCGGAUUCAACAUUAUCUCUGGAACAUCUAUGUCUUGCCCACAUGUCAGUGGGCUAGCUGCAUUGCUGAAAGCUGCCCACCCGGACUGGAGCCCUGCAGCCAUUAAAUCAGCUCUUAUGACCACCGCAUAUGUUCAAUACAAAGGCGGUGAAAAAUUGCAAGAUGUUGCUACAGGAAAAGCAUCUACACCGUUUGAUCAUGGCGCUGGACAUGUUGAUCCUGUGUCAGCCCUUAAUCCAGGCUUGGUCUAUGAUUUAACAAUUGAUGAUUAUCUGGGCUUCCUCUGCGCGUUAAAUUACACAGAGUCAGAGAUUAAAAGUGUCGCAAGAAGAAACUUCGCAUGUGAUGCUAGUAAGAAAUACAGCCUCACCGAUUUCAACUACCCUUCUUUUGCCGUGAAUAUUGACACAACCCAGCUGGCAAGUGGCUCCACCGUGUUCAAAUACACGCGGACACUGACCAACGUGGGCUCACCGGGGACUUACAAGGUGUCAAUUUCAUCACAAAGCCCUGCAGCUAAGAUAUCUGUGGAGCCAGCGGUGCUGAGUUUCACACAAAUGUAUGAAAAGAAAACGUACACUGCUACCUUCACUGUUAGUUCAAUGGCUGCCGGUACGAAUAGCUUUGGUCGAAUUGAAUGGUCUGAUGAGAAGCGUGCUGUUGGCAGUCCAGUUGCGUUUAGCUGGAAUUAAUUAGUGGGUAUGAAUAAAGGGGAUUAAGUCGAGUGAAAUGGUUGUUUUUAAGUACUGAUUUUGUUGUUGUCCAGCGGAAAACUGAUAGCUGGGCCUAGUGUUUCAUGUCAGGUUGUUUUCUAAGAGAGAAAACAAGGAAACCGAGAAAUGGAUAACUGUUUUCUUUCUCUGUACAGUAAUAAUGUCAUUUAACAGUA